AUGGCUCGGCCUCGUGUCUUCUCGGAGAAGGCGUUAGCCGAGUUCGAGCAAGCAGUCUUUCAGUGGCGUUCACACAGACCCCGAGCUCAUACCGACCCCCCGCCGGCCGCAAAUGUUUCCCCCCGAUGCCCUCCAGUUGGGAUGCAUCACCCCGUGGCGGGGCUGCGUAGCCCCAGGCGCCUCGUGACUUCACCUAGUCCUCGCAGGAUAUGUCCGCGCGUGGCUCUCCGCAGCACGUUAAUGAUUUUCCCGCCCUUCGCACCGCCGACUGCUUGGUCUUCUUCACGGAGCUCCUUCUCGACUUCUCUCUCCUUCCCCCCGGUCUCGACGCGUCGAGCUGCCGAGGCAGAAGGCGGGCCUCAUCGGGCUUGGGGGUCCCCACCUUCAUCGCUGCCUGUCUGUGUUCGCUCCGCCUCUCCGCAGGGCUCGCUGCCCCCGUCUGCUUCUUUGUGUCUCCUAUUCUCUGCUGAGCUUGGAAACGCAGGGUCCUUUCUCGUGAGCGAGCCUGAUCCGCACUUUCCCCACCUUCCUCCGCGCGCGUAUUCCGUCUCGCCUUCUAAUCCGUUUCUCGUGGGCUCCACCGACGUUCCGUCCCGCCGUUUGCCUUCCUCGCCUGUGUGGUUCCGAGCCGCCUGCGACUUUUCGCUUUCGUCUGUUGAUUGUCGCACUCUCUCCGGCAGCUUCUUCUCCCGUCUGUUUUUUUCUUCAUCGUCGCGGCGGGGCACGACCAAGUCGCGGUCGGCAGCGAAGGCUCGCCGGGGCUCUUUGAGGCGCGAGUUGCGAUUCUUCCUUCUGUGCGUACACCCCGAUCGAACUAUGGACUUUCCGGAAGAAGCGCGAAGAGCGAACGCAACCGCCUUGUCUGAACUGAAUGCGUACAUCGACCGAAUCGAGUGCUUGCUGACGACGCUGCCUCUCUCCCCUUCCUCGCCGAUUGCUUCCUCGCCUCUCAGCGAUCCCUUUCUCGCGAAAAAGCUAAUGUUUUUUGUUCCCUACAAGACCGUGACCGGCCGCGUCCUCGACGGUCGCGUCCGCCCGGUGUACGUCCACCUCAACUCCAUCAGCAUGCAUCCUUCCCGCAGCGAAGUAGAAAACCUGGCCGAAAAUCUGUGCUGCUCCCUCGUGAAAGCCGUGGAGGCGCCGGUGGAUCAGUUCGACGCCGUUCAGAACAAUCCGUUGUUCGGAGCUCCGGGGAACAAUGGCGAGGACGCCGGUCAUCCAGAGCGCCUUCUGACCUCAAAACACGCUGGAAGAGAUCGUCUGCAAGCCUUAUGGGAUGCCCAGACGGAGGAGAUUAUGUUCAAGGCUGCUCUCUACCAACCAGAUGAAAAGCACACUCGGCGCGUUCAGCUGAUGAACCGAGAGUUCCGCAGACAGGAGGCUUCUCUUGUCCGGCGGGCGAUGCGCAUCAAGAAUCGCCGAGUGAGGAAGCAGCGUCUCGCAGCGGUGGCCGAGAAGGCAGAGUCCAAGGUCCGUGAGAAAUUCGGUCCCGAUCCUCCAGAGCCACCUGCAGAGCUCGCAGAACACCUCGGACGGGUUGCGGUUGCUGAGGCAGGCUGUCAUCCGGACUUUGUAUUCUUUCAGCCCUCCCUCUCUCCAGCACAAAAGGAAGAGGCACUCCGGCGCCUCUGCGGAGGCCACUUGGAGAAGGAGGCUCACCGGUGGCUGCUUCAGAAUCUUUUGAAGGAGCUGCGGAGGCCCCCCACCCCAGUCCCUCUCAUUAUCGGGACAGAGUUCGCAGCUCUAAUCGAACGAGGACUCGCUCUCAUCCCUUUCGACUUCGACGUGUGGCAGCUCGCCGACUUCCUCGAGGAACAUCUCGAUGCCGUCCGCCAGGGCAGGACAAAGGUACGGGACACGCCACAGGGAGUGAGGCGAACUCACGCUGAGUCCACUUCAGAGCUGCUCGACGAGUUGAAGGACGUGUACAGAUGA